AAAAGACAAAGGAGAGACCUAGCAGCAGCUGCUGCUGCUUAUCUAUAAAGCCAACACAUUCCCUUUUGGCCCAUACUCCCAUUACACCUCUCUACACCAUCCCCAUCACCUAUACACACACAUAUACAUACAUAUAUAUGCAUGUGUCUGUGUCCAGACACAGUACAUACUAGUACAAGGAUAAAAGGGUGAGAAGGACGCAAGUCUUUUGUAGAUUUGGGAAAUUUCUCUUUGGAAAAAAAAAAAGAAAAAAUACUUUUUUUUUGUGAAUCUCUGUUUCCAAGGAUGAAGAUUUGGUGUGAUGUGUGUGACAAAGAGGAAGCGUCAGUGUUCUGUUGCGCAGAUGAAGCAGCUCUCUGCCAUGGCUGCGACCGCCAUGUCCACUUCGCCAACAAGCUCGCCGGAAAGCAUCUCCGUUUCUCUCUCGCCUCUCCCUCUUUCAAGGACUCUCCUCUCUGCGAUAUUUGCCGGGAGCGACGAGCAUUGUUGUUUUGCCAGGAAGACAGAGCGAUUCUCUGCAGAGAAUGUGACGUCCCAAUACACCAAGCCAACGAACACACUCAGAGACACAACAGAUUCCUUCUAACCGGCGUCAAGCUCUCGGCCUCGCCUUCUGCCUACACGAAAGCCUCCGACCAAACCGGCCCGGUUAAGUCCAGACCGGGAUCUGUGUCGGGCGGUAACCAGAUGAGAAGAACGACGAGCUCGGUGUCAAGCGAGCUGUUCAGUUCUCCAUCCACGCAGCAAUCGACGAGCAAUUGCUAUUACGGGUUCGAGGAGAGGAACUGUCAUCAGUUGAGUGAUUCCGGGUCGGGAAGUAUAUCAGAGUAUUUGAUGGAGACAUUGCCCGGUUGGAGAGUCGAGGAUUUGCUCGACCAUCCGUCUUGUGUUUCUUCUGAUAACAACAAUGGCUUCUUUAGGGUUUUUGGUGGUGGUGGUGGCGGCGGCGGUGGUUCAGGUUCUUCCCUUGACCAUGCCUUUUGGGAACAAUAGCCAGUUUUCUUGCUUUACUGCGCCUUUUUUACAACACUUUUUUUUACUUUUUGUUUAUUCCGUGUUUGCUUGGUCAUCAAGAUUUCAAGGAUUUCUAAAUCCAAAGCCAAGUUUUAAACGGUUCUCUAUUUCAUUUCUACCUUUUUUUUUCUCUUUCCCAGUCACCGUAAUCAUAUAUAUAUAUAUACGGGUCCGGGAUUGGUAUUUGACUUAUGAAGGAUGAUGAAAUGAAUGGUGUCAUUUGGGUUUCCAUUUUUGGCAUCCAAAAGGUUUGGUUGUUGUUUUAGGACAAAUGAUAUGCGUUAUAAUGAUCAGAUCGUGAUGUAUUGUAAUUGUUCUCGAGACUGAUUGAUUAUGUUUUCUACA